GGCCAUAAAUUAGUGAUAACAGAGAGCAGUGAGUCAAGACUGAAGUGUAAGACAGUAAUCUGCACAGUUUCUAUUUCAGCACAGAAAGCAAAGCAUCUCUCUUUCCAUUACUUCUGUAAACUUCUUCAUCUUCUUCUUCUUCAAUGGCUUCCAAUUUCGCUCUGUAGAAACACAUCAGAGUUAACAGUUAUGGAGUUUGAACUUGAGAAUCCAUUGACGAGCUUCAGAGAACACCAACCUGACACUGUUCCAGCUCUCUUCGCCGACGAAUUAGAUCACAUGCCCUCACAUUACUUCUCACAAAGCUCCAAAUCACGAGACUUCUACAUCUCUGUUCGUCGCGAAGCAAUUUCUUUCGUCUUACAGGCACAGUUCUGUAACAACUUCGAUCCCUUUGUACUCUACCUCACCAUCAGUUACAUCGAUCGAUUCAUCUCCAAGCAAGAAAUUCCGAAACAAGGAAAGCCAUGGAUCGUGAGGCUUGUAGCAAUCUCUUGCCUAUCACUCGCUGCGAAGAUGAAGAAUACCGAUUUGUCACUGUCUGAUUUACAGAGAGACGAAGGUUUCAUCUUCGAAUCGCAAGCAAUUUGCCGAAUGGAGCUCCUCAUUCUCACCACUCUGAACUGGCGAAUGCGGUCGAUUACGCCGUUCUCGUUUCUGUACUUUUUCCUUUCUCUGUUCGAGCUCGAAGAUCCAGCAUCGACUCAAUCACUCAAAGACCGAGCUUCGGAGAUCAUCUUCAAAUCGCAUUAUGAAAUCAAGUUUUUAGAGUAUAAACCAUCGAUAAUCGCUGCAUCAGCGCUUCUCUGUGCUUCUCAAGAGCUGCUUCCUCUGCAAUUUCCCUGUUUCAGAGCUGCGAUUGCUUCUUGUCAAUAUAUAAAUAAAGAGAAGCUGUUGAAUUGCUUGAUUGUAAUGGAGGAGAUGGUGGUGAUGGAGCGGUACGAAUCAAUGUUUGACGCUGUGUCGUGUAGUACGAAGACGCCAAUCAGCGUUCUGGACCGUCACUGUACAACCAUUGAAAGCGUGACCACUACAAGCAACAACAACACUGUCAUUGCAGUUGCAGAGAGAGACAACAUCAAACGCCGGAAAAUCAAUAAUGGCUUCUGCAGCAGCGAUCACACGGUCCAGAUUUCUCAGAUUCAAAAGUGCUGAGAGAUGAUGGUCUGCGAUUAGGUACAGAUAUAAAGAGAUGGUUCAUCAACAAAUACAGAGGCUUUGAUUGUAAAACCGAAAGCAAAAUCAACGGCUCGCAGCUUCAAAGUCCAAAACAUUUCUCGUAUUCCCUAUCUCUCUAGAUCCCUACACCUGAAAACACAAUAAACGACAAAAAGAAAAAGAGAAAAAAAGAAAAAUAUUUUGUGCUUUUGUUUUGUUAGAAGAGGUAUUAAAAAUGUAGCGGAAUAAUAAAUUUCUUGGAAGUACUAAGAAGUUGUAAGGGAAAAAAAUUAUUGUUUUCCGUACUUCAAUGUGUGGUCAAAUGACUCAAGGCAGGGAACAGGAGAGAAAAAAUGUUUGAGAAAUUUUCCCGAGAAAAUGAAUGUGGAUGCAAAAGUGGCGGGAAAAUAAAUGAAGGAGUGUGUGUGGGUGGGGAGGGGGGGAAAAGAAAGAGGAAGCGUCGAAGACACGUUGCUUUCUUUAAAGAUUGCGGCAUCUUUGUCGAAGGAUGAGUCCGGAUCCUGUAUUUGCACUCUUUUUUUUAUUCCUCUAUUUGUAAUAGAAGAGAUAUAUUUUAAUUUAACGGUUCAGAUUUAAUUAUUUUAAA